AUGCCGGCGUCGGUUGCGAAGCAUGGCGUCUCAGCGGGGAUAGGGAGGGCAAGUCUCCGGGGCAUAGCAGGAAGCAGGGGCGGGUUACUGGAUGCUGGGGGUGUGAGGUGCCUUAGCAGUGGGAGAUUGCGACAGCAAAAGGCAAUCCUUAUUCCAGGAUCGAGUUGUUUGGGAGGGACGUUUGGUGCUAGCUGUGCGGUAGCGAGCCCGGUCUACGCGCAGUCGAGGUGGUUUAUGGUUUCAAGUAGGUGGAGGGAAAGCCGGAAACCGACAGAGGAGGAAUCGGGCUCGCAGCCGAAGCAGGUGCAAAACAGCACACCCUCCUCCCCACCACCACCCGCACCCAAACAAGGCCCAACCGCCGCCCUCCGCAAAAUCCUACCCAGCAUGUCCAAAACCACGCGGCACGAGAACAUCUACACGCUCCCCAACAUCCUCACCGCCUCGCGACUCCUCGCAGCGCCUUUUAUCGGCUACUGCAUCCUGCACGACUACCACGCGGCGGCGCUCGGGCUGUUCGCCUACGCGGGCGUGACUGACGCCCUGGACGGCUGGAUCGCGCGGCGCUGGAACCUUGGGACUGUUGUCGGGACUGUGAUUGAUCCUAUGGCUGACAAGACGUUGAUGACGGUGCUGACUGUGGCGUUGGCUGUUAAGGGGGCGUUGCCUGUCUGGCUCGCCUUCAUAAUCCUCGGCCGGGACGUCGGUCUCGCCAUCUCCGCCAUCUACUACCGCUGGAUCUCGCUCCCUCCACCCAAGACACUAGCACGAUACUGGGACUUCUCGCUUCCCUCGGCCGAGGUGCACCCGACACAGAUCAGCAAGGCCAACACGGCGCUGCAGCUGGGCCUGAUGGGGCUGACGACGCUGGCGCCGGUGAUUCCGGGGGUGGAUAUGACGGGGGCGUUGGGGGUUAUGCAAUACAUCGUGGCAACGACUACCGUGUGGAGUGGUGCUAGUUACAUUUACAGUAAGGAUGCCGUCAAGAUUUUGACGCCGCAGGAGGCGGAGGAGAAGAAGGCGGAGAAGGAACGGGCGGAGAAGGAGAAGGGGAGACAAAACCUCAAAUAA